UAAAUGAGCCUUGUUUAGUGCCAUUACUUCAGUUCAGCCACAGACCGCUCUGUGCGCGUCUCUCGGAUACUCUGCUGCUCAACCUCACUGGACAAUGCAACCUACUUUAAUAAUAGCAUAUGUUGCAUGUGGAACUACAAGACACCUGUCUAGAUGGAAUUAACGUUGUAUCUAAUACUUAUCGGGAGUGGUUGAAGAAGAAGCGCUUGUUUUCCUCAGAGGAAAUUCGGAGUUGAUGAUUGUCUUUCUGACUAUGGAAUUAAGGCGGUCAAUGAAAAGUUGGAUUUUAUAAAAAGCGACUCAAUGCCUUGGAUCCAUAAAAUGGAGAGAGAAAGCGUGUAACUCCCCAAGCUUAAAAAGGAGACCGUAUUUGGCACCACCACACAGGGAGAGGAAAUGCACAGAGCCUGGGUACUCCUUAUUCUGAUAGAAGAGGGAUUUGCUCUGGCACAGAGAACUAAAGAGUCCUUUUCUCAGAAUGAAGGCAGUCCCCCUCAGAAUCUUAACGAAUGUGGUACCUGGGUCCGCAACAUCAACGGGGGAGUCUUCACGUCCCCCAACUACCCCAACACAUACCCCCCUAACAAGGAGUGUGUUUACAUCUUGGAAGCUCUCCCUCGUCAAAGAAUCCAGUUGGCCUUUGAUAAGAACUACUACAUGGAGCCCUCCUUCGAGUGCCGGUUUGAUCACAUCGAGGUACGGGACGGUCCGUUCGGCUUCUCACCGAUCAUCGACCGCUUCUGUGGGUCGAAGAACCCAGGCCUGGUCACCUCCACGGGCCGUUUCAUGUGGAUCAAGUUCACCAGCGACGAGGAGCUGGAGGGUGUUGGGUUCCGUAUCAAAUACAUCUUUAUAGCAGACCCAGAUUUUCAUCUGCACGUGGGUGGACUGUUAAACCCGAUUCCAGAUUGUCAGUUUGAGGUUGGUGGCUAUGAUGGUGUUAUCCGCUCCAGUCAGGUAGAAGAGGAGGAUAAGAUUAAGACUGGUGAUGCUCUGGACUGUAUCUGGACCAUCCGCGCUCCUCCUCAGUCCAAGAUUUUCAUUCGCUUCCUGGAAUACCAGAUGGAGCACUCCAACGAGUGCAACAAGAACUUUGUGGCYGUGUACGACGGCAGCAGUGCCAUCGAAAACCUAAAGGCCAAGUUCUGCAGCACCGUGGCUAAUGACGUCAUGCUAACCAACGGGGUGGGAGUGGUGAGGAUGUGGGCCGACGAGAAGAGCCGACUCAGCCGCUUCCAGAUGCUCUUCACCUCAUUUGUCGACCGUGAGUGUUCUCCUUCAUUGAUCAAAACUCUUACUUGUAGUUAUUGUGGGCCAUCUAAAGAGUUACUCCGUGACAAGGAGAUCUCCUCUGACCUGGCCGACCUAUCAGAGGAGCUGGAGAGCUACCACAAGCUGCGCCGCUCCUCCACCACGUCGCGCUGUGUCCACGAGCACCAUUGUGGCUUGCAGGCCUCGGGGGGCAGCAUGAAGCAGAGCCGCACCKCCCUCAGCUCCAUGGAGCUCUCCUACCACAACGACUUCUCCAAGCCCCCGCCCAUGAAGACCUUUAACAGCACCUAUAAGAAAAGCUGCUACGGCUACAAACAGACUCARGAUUGCGCCGAGAAGGUCAUUGAAGACCGCGUCAUGGAYGAGAUCCCCUGUGAGAUCUACGUCCGCGGCGGAGCUGCCGGGCCAAGUGCUGGGCCAGGAGGCUGUGGCACCCUCAGCUCCCGCAACGGGGGCCGCAAUAACACCAGCAUCGUCGACCCCCAGCAGCGCUCAAUGUCCAUGGACUUCUAGGUGAAGAUGGGAGAGGGGGAAGAAAAGGAGGAGAGGAACCUUACUCAAGUUUAUUUUCUGGUUUUCCUUCUAUUGAUCAGUUUAAUAGGGAGGAGUCUCGCAUGCAGAUUCAGCCUUUCCCCUGUAUGCUCAAAAUAACGUGACACUGCCACACAGAGAAACAGAGUCAGAUGAAAAUGACUUGACUGUUUACUGUAUUUACAUUCAUUCACAUGUCAAGCACAUAUAUAUUAUGCUUCUCAUAACUUAUUUUCGUCUUUAUUUUCGUCUAUGUACUGUAUAUUAAAACCAGAGUAUCAAGCUUCAUGUUGUUGCUUUUAACCCAUUCAUUUGAUAUUGUUUGAUUUGAUAAAAAUGUGCAUAUAUGAUGACAAUGAUGUGAUGCAGGUUAUGAUUACCACACACACAUCCAGAGCCCCAAUGAAUAUUCUAUGUCUUGAGGGAACACAGUAAAUAUACAUUCAGAAGUGGCAGAUUUUCAUGUAGGAUAUCUAGACAGAGGAAUAGAUGUGUUUUCUGUGUGCUUUUUAACAUUUUGGUUCCAUUUGGGGAUUUUGAGUUCAGAUUCGGACUAUGGUGGUGAACCCAGAGAGUAUAAAACAGGGGGAAUCUAUAAAGGGAUUGGGAUGCCCACACAAACAUACCUGGUACAGGGUUGAGUUUCCAUGAACUUUAAAUGAUAGUUAAAAGCUAAAAGGGUCAUUCGGGAGUUGAUGAUAAAUUCAGUGAUGUGAGAAAGUAGCCUAAAUAGACUAGCAACUUUUAAUUCAGAAACGUUGAUAUACCUGAAUGGUGGAUUAAGGACUACACAGAUGAGAUUUUGUCUUCUGAUCUGACGUUUUAAACAAACAAACAGACAUGGGCCACCAUUUAUUAUUUCAAUCACUGGUUGUAGGAUUUCAUUGUUUCAUUAAAAGAGACCUUACUCACUUA